CUCAUUCUGUAGUUCGUCUAUUCUGUUACUGUUUCUGUUUCCCUUCCCGAACGUAGCAGGCUGUGUAACUGGGCGAAUCCCAGAAGUACGCCAUGGGAAGAGAGCGAGAGGUUCCAAAACAGCCGGUCUCGUACACGGUUGAGCAGCUUAUCGCUGUGAACCCAUACAAUCCUGACAUUCUACCUGAUCUCGAAAGCUACGAGAACGAGCAGGUUUCUUCACAAACAUACAGUCUGGAUGCAAAUCUGUGCCUACUUCGACUCUAUCAGUUUGAACCAGAGCGAAUGAGUACCCAGAUUGUCGCACGCAUUUUGGUCAAGGCUCUUAUGGCAAUGCCAGCUCCAGAUUUCAGCCUUUGUCUCUUUUUAAUCCCAGAGCGAGUGCAAAUGGAAGAACAGUUCAAAACAUUGAUUGUCCUCUCACACUAUUUGGAGACAGCAAGAUUCUGCCAAUUCUGUGAUGAGGCAGCAAAGAAUCGCCAUAUACUUGAAGUAGUGCUAGGUUUUGAGCAAGCAAUACAAGCUUACGCAAUUCAUGUCCUUUCCCUGACUUUCCAAAAGGUUCCCAGAGCUGUACUUGCGGAGGCUAUUAACAUUGAAGGCCUUUCACUGGACAAGUACCUGGAACAUCAGGUUUCCAACUGUGGGUGGGCUCUUGAGAAGGGCCAUGGUCGGAGCCAGCUUAUUGUCCUUCCUCGCAAUAAGUUUAACCAGCCGGAGCUAAAGCAAAACACUGCAGAUAGAAUUCCUUUAGAGCACAUUACCCGAAUCUUCCCCAUUCUUGGCUGAUACUAGAAGAGGGAUCUACUUAUAACAUGGUAAUUAUGCAAUUUCUUUUAUUGGUGAUGAAUUAGUUUUUUCUUUAUGAAAUAGAAUAGCGGGAGUA